CGCGGGCUCGUGUAGGCGGGCUGAAAAAGCAGCCAAAACUUCAACAUUGUCAACAGGAGAGACCCCCCUGCUAAUCAACAGGAGCACGAGUGUUUAGAGCAGGGAAGGGAAGAGAGCGAUGUCUGCCAACAGGUGAGUUGUGUGGUUGAUUGGCGUGCUGUUUGUUGCGGGAAAGCGGGUACUAACAGGGUGUUUCCAAGAGAAGCUGUGUUUCCUACUCGUAUGACCCUUGGUGUCAUGAAGGGUAAGCUCAAGGGGGCUCAACAGGGCCAUUCUUUGCUUAAGAGGAAGUCCGAGGCGUUGACGAAGAGAUUCAGGGAUAUCACCAAGAGAAUUGACGAGGCUAAGCGCAAAAUGGGCCGUGUUAUGCAGACCGCAGCGUUCUCGCUUGCUGAAGUUCAGUAUGCCACGGGUGAUAACAUUGGGUACCAGGUGCAAGAGUCUGUCAAGAAUGCUAGAUUCCAAGUCAGGGCAAGACAGGAGAACGUUAGCGGAGUCUACUUGCCACAGUUUGAGAAGUACAUCGACGACAACAUCAACGAUUUCCAGCUCACUGGUCUCGGUAGGGGUGGUCAGCAGAUCCAGAGGGCCAAGCAGGUGUAUUCCAAGGCUGUUGAGACACUUGUGGAAUUGGCAUCGUUACAAACAGCCUUUAUCAUAUUGGAUGAGGUCAUCAAAGUCACCAAUAGAAGAGUCAAUGCCAUUGAACAUGUGAUCAUUCCAAGAACGGAGAACACUAUCGCCUACAUCAUGAGUGAGUUGGACGAGCUGGAGAGAGAGGAGUUUUACCGUUUGAAGAAGGUUCAAGAGAAGAAGGAGCAGGCUACAAAGAGACAGGAUGAGGAGAUGAAGCUCAAGAAGCUGCAAGAAGCUGCUGCGCUCGAAGCCAACGAGCAAGUGGAGCAACAGGACGAGGUGGAUCAGAAGGAGGAGAAGGAAGAAGAAGAUAAGGAUAUACCACCAGAGGUGAAGAAUGAAGUCCAAGAGGUGGAAGCACUAGCAGCACAAGCUGAAGGAAGGGAUUUGACUGCAGAGCAGGAAGAUGAUGUUAUCUUCUAGCCUGCUUUAGACUACGAGUGCUCGCCAAUUUGUCAAUUGAUGUGAUUUUGAUUUAA